CGCAGUCAGAAGGCCCCGGCCCGGGGAGGCGGAGAGGGGACGGGUAGCCCCUGCAGGCGCGGGACGCCGCCCCUUGGCUCUGGGGAUGGAGGAUCCGCUCAGGCCUGCAGAGGCGUUGCGGGUGGAGUGAGGGGCUGGGCCGCACACGAUGCCACGGCCCAGAAUCAGACAAGACGGCGUGGGCGUCCCGACUGCACGGGGAGUGGGGUCCUUGCCCCAGCUGGCCUGGCCAGAAGGGCGUGGGGUGGUCCCCCUUGGUUCCCUGUCAGCUCAGGACAAUUGCAGUGCCCUGCCCGCCCCAGGAAAUGCCAGGAGGAUCAGGUGGGGUGGAGGGCACGUAUCAGCAGGUGCAUUCAGCUCCGCGUCUGAGACCAAACCCUGGAACCCCUGCAGAGUCUGCAACUUCAUGUCCCACGAGAAGUGCAUGAAGCACGUGAGGAGCCCCUGUGCGUGGGCCGCAUCCAGCUGGGUCCGGGUCCCAGUGGCCCACUGCUUCGGGCCCCGGGGGCUGUACAAGCGCAGGUUCUGCAACGUCUGCCGCAAGGGCCUGGAGGCGCCGGCGCUCCGCUGCGAAGUGUGUGAGCUGCACGUUCACCCCGACUGUGUGCCCUUCGCCUGCAGCGACUGCCGCCAGUGCCACCGGGACGCGCCCCAGGACCACGACACGUACCACCACCACUGGCGGGAGGGCAGCCCGUCCUCGGGCGCGCGCUGCGAGGUCUGCCGGAAGGCGUGCGGCUCCUCCGAGGUGCUGGUCGGCCUGCGCUGCGAGUGGUGCGGCGUGCAGGCCCACUCGGUCUGCCACGUGGCGCUCGCCCCCGAGUGCACGUUCGGGCGGCUGCGCGGGAUGGUGCUGCCCCCCGCCUGCGUACGCCUCGCGUCCCGCAACUUCAGCAAGAAGCACUGCUUCCGCAUCCCCGAGCCGGCGGCCCCGGAGCCGGGCGAGGGGGACGACGGCGUGGACGGAGGCGUGGCGCCCACGGGCAGAGAGGCGCUGUCGGCCCCGGAGUCCAGCAAGCUGACCCUAAGGGUGUUUGACGGCAACGACGCCCUGCAGCGGAACCACUUCCGUCUGGUCACCGUCCCCCGCCAGGCCAGGAGCCAGGAGGUGCUGGAGGCGGCCCUGCAGGCGUUCUACAUCAGCGACGACCCCCAGGGCUUCGAGCUGCAGCCGCUGCCCUCGUCCCCGCACGGCGGCGAGAGCGGGGACCCUGGAGAGGCCCCGGGCAGCGGCGCCACCAAGGAAGAGGUCCUCAGAGGCCCUGGGUCCCGGGACCCCACGUCCGAGGCCUGGGUCAUCCGAGCUCUGCCCCGCACCCGGGAGGUGCUGAGGGUCUACCCGGGCUGGCUCAAGGUGGGCGUGGCCUGCGUGUCCGUCCGGCUGACCCCGCAGAGCACGGCCGGGUCGGUGGUGCUGGAGGUGCUCCCGCUGCUCGGACGCCAGGUCGAGGGUCCUGAGAGCUUCCAGCUGGUGGAGGUGCUCAUGGGCAGCCGGCAAGUCCAGCGGACAGUGUUGGAGGGCGAGUGGCUCCUGCUGGACCGGCUCCAGGACAUCCGGCAGAUGUCCGUGCAGCAGAUGAGUCAGACGCGCUUCUACGUGGAGGAGAGCAGGCCCGUGGUGCCAUGCGUCUCUCUGUUCGUGGGUGGCCUGCCUGCCAGCCUGGACUCCCAAGAGUACAGCACCCUGCUGUGGGAGGCCAUGGCCCCCAAAGCUGAUGUGGUGUCCGUGAGUCAUGUCUAUGCCUCACAAGGGGCUGUGGUGCUGGACGUGCGCUGCUUCGCCGAGGCCGAGCGGCUGUACGUGCUGGCCAGGGACACGGCCGUGCAGGGGCGGCCACUGACGGCACUGGUGCUCCCUGUUGUGCUGCACACGAACCUGCCCCCCGACUGCUGCCCCCUCCUCGUGUUUGUGAACCCCAAGAGUGGAGGCCUCAAGGGCCGGGACCUGCUCUGCAGUUUCCGGAAGCUGCUGAACCCUCACCAGGUCUUCGAGCUGACCAACGGGGGGCCCCUCCCUGGGUUCCAUGUGUUCUCGCAGGUCCCCCACUUCCGCGUGCUGGUGUGCGGGGGGGACGGCACUGUCAGCUGGGUGCUGGCCACCCUGGAGGAGACACGGCACCGCCUGGCCUGCCCCUCGCCCUCCGUGGCCAUCCUGCCGCUGGGCACAGGGAAUGACCUUGGCCGUGUCCUCCGCUGGGGGGCGGGCUACAGCGGAGAAGACCCCCUCUCGGUGCUGUUGUCUGUGGACGAGGCUGACGCUGUGCUCAUGGACCGCUGGACCAUCCUGCUGGACGCCCACGCAGCAGAUGGCGCAGAAAACGGCAUGGCCAACGGGGAGCCCCCAAAGGUAGUGGGGGCCCAGGCAGGGGACCCUGCCCUGCAGCACCCCAAGUACCCAUCUUUGCCAUGCUCCUCCCAGCAUGCUCAGGGGCCGGCACCAGGACCACCCCCUACCCUGGGGGCAUUGUGGGCGCCCACCCCUACCCCGGGGGAUUUGGGUGCUCGCCGUCUCGCGGGCCGGUGGGUGAGGCGCUCCCUGGCCCAGGUCGUGCAGAUGAGCAGCUACUGCGGGAUCGGCAUCGACGCGGAGCUGAGCCUGGACUUCCACCAGGCGCGGGAGGAGGCGCCCGGCAGGUUCACCAGCAGGCUGCGCAACAAGGGCGAGUACGUGCGGGUCGGGCUGCAGAAGCUCAGCCGGGCGCGGGGCCUGCACCGGGAGCUGCGACUGCAGGUGGAGCAGCAGGAGGUGGAGCUGCCCAGCCUGGAGGGGCUCAUCUUCAUCAACAUCCCCAGCUGGGGCUCGGGGGCCGACCUGUGGGGCCCAGACAGCGACUCGAGGUUCGAGAAGCCGCGCAUGGACGACGGGCUGCUGGAGGUGGUGGGCGUGACGGGCGUCGUGCAUAUGGUCCAGGUCCAGGGUGGGCUCCGCUCCGGUAUCCGUAUUGCCCAGGGCUCCUACUUCCGCGUCACGCUCUUCAAGGCCACACCUGUACAGGUGGACGGCGAGCCCUGGGUCCAGGCUCCUGGGCACAUAAUCAUCUCAGCUGCGGGGCCGAAGGUCCACAUGCUGAAAAGGUCCAAGCAGAAGCCUCGGAAGGCCGUGAGCAGCCCCCAGGAGGCCUGAGCAGACACAGCACCUGUCCUGAGGGCUGUGCCAAGUGGAGGUGGCUGCAGUGGGCUAAGAACAAUCUGGCAGUGCCUGGCUCCUGACCACAGCUCUGUCCCCCGUGCUGUCUGGGCUCAGGGGGAUAAGCUGCUCUCCUUGGGCCCCGGGUGUGGUGCUAGGAGCUGGUCUGCCCACCCCACAGCCAGCCCGGGCUUCUGGGGGACACUGGGGAUGGGGGACCAGGCCCCUCCUCCCUGGCAGCCCUUGCCCUCCUUGCUGGGUGCUUUGUGUCCGUCGGGUGUCAGCCUGGACGCAACUCUGGGCAGCUCAGGUUGAGGCCUGGUCCUGGGCGGGAAAGCCUUGGGUGGCCUGAGGGACCAGCUGCCUUGCAGUAUCACUGGGCAGCAGCAGGAAGUGGGGACCAGGCCGGGAGCAGCCACUUUCUUAGCACCUGGAAGGGUCUGGGGGUCCAGAGCAGGUGGAAGGGACCAGAAGAGAAGCUGGCACCGCCUUCUCCUGAAAGUCCGCUCCAGGGCCUGAGCCCCAGGGGUCGAGGGUGUAAAUGGACAUGGACUCGGGUGGGGGGGACAGUCACAGAAGCACUUUACUAUUUGUUCGCCAGCAGCUGCCGGGCUGACCACCAGCUUCUGGUCGGCAUGGAUGGGGCCAUCGGGCGCUGGGGCUGCCGGCAGCCCCUCUGUGUCUGCAUCAUGCACGAGGCCUCAUUUCUUCCCCUCCUCUGACAGCUCAGACCCCCAGGAUGGACAGCUGCCCCCCCCCCUCCAUUUGUCCUGGGUCCCCACUCCUCACUUCCCACCCCCACCCCGCUUCUGCCAGAAAUGCACAAACACAUCACCACAGUGGUUCUGGUGAGUGUGUCUGUGCCCCGCGGGUGCUGUCCGUCUACACUGUGGCUGGCGGUUUUGCCCAACCGUUUUACACUGACCUGAGUCCCCUGCUCUGUGUGUAAUUUAUAAGUCCCCGAGUGUAGUGCUGAUUCAUGUCUGUGACAAAUAACACCACUGGGCAUCACCA